AAGUAAGUAUAAAACUAAGGUAGAGUUUGAAGUGAAGUCAACUAGGCCUCAAGUCCCUACUGAAAGAGUGUGUGUGGUCGUUGAACAAUAUUAAAAUGCCUUUCCACGUUGCAACUCGAGCCGACGACGUUGACAAACACGAAUUUGAUGUCAAUCAAUUAAUCUACCAUAAAGGGAAACUCUACUCUGCUGGUGAUGAUGGCAAGAUCAAAAUGUGGGCUCCUGAUUUGAAGUUUCUCAAAGAAGUGCAAGCUCAUCCAUGCUCUAUUUUUUCAAUUACAGCUGACGAUAAUGCUAUUUACUCUUGUUCAAACGAUGGUACGGUCAAAAGUUGGGAACUCGACACUCUCAGAAAGAAAAAAGUUUUUCUUGAAGACAAAGAAGUCGAAUUCUGAAAGGUUAAAUACGAUAAAGGAAUCUUGUAUAUUGGCGACGACCAAGGCAACGUGAGGAUGUACAUGAACAGCGGGAUGUUCUAUGGGUCGAUCAAUGUGGCAAAUCCGGUUAAAGAUUUGGCCGUCAAAGAUAAUCUCAUAUUUACAACCAAAGACAACGAUGUGAUUGUCACAAACAUGAAUUUGCAAGGGGAAAAACCGCAAUUUGGAAUAAUGGCCACAAUCAUGGGAAGAGGUCCAUUAGUUUUGGUUGACAACAAAGUCAUAUUUAUCAGUCGGGAUGGAAAAGACAUUAUUGUAAAUAAGAUUUACGCACAACAACACUUGAAAGAAAGUGCAAAAGUUGCUGGAGCCUACGAUAUGAUCAUUAAUGGUGCUACAGCAGAAAAUUGUGACUAACGUUUUGAAUCGUAAUUUUUUUACAGUUUAAUACCUUUAUCAUUAAAAAAAAACAUGUGUUUAUUCAUUUAGUUUCUAGAUUUUCAGAUUGCAUUACUCGAAACAUGCAUCAGUUAUUCAAUUUAAAGUUACAUUAAAUUCAGCAAAUUACAAACGUUGUUUUUGUGACCAAAUAACAAUAUUUCUUUGAAAUUUAAAAUUAGUUAACUCUGUAAAUAUUUUUGGUGGAUGCGCCGGGAAAACAGUGAUUUUACUUAUUUUAUAUUACCUAAAAGUAAAAAAUACAACCAGUAAAGAAAACAACAACCUAACAAAAAAUGAGUAGCGUAUUUUUUUUUUCUGUAUUUAAAAAUGAAUUUGCGUUCCCACGAGUUACAGUAUCAACUCUCUUAAAAGGUGUAGGGUCGCAAUAAAGUUAUAAAACAUCUGGUCAUCUCUUUAGAAAUUUUAAAACCUAAAUUCGUUACGUCUUCAAGAGGGUAUUUCUUCGAAAUGCACAAAUUGUCCCGUGUAAAUUGUGUUUAAAAUUGUAUUACUUAAUUUUUGAUAAGAUUAGAAAGGCAAUGAGGGGAAACAAGUUGUAAAUUUGACACUUUGGGGCGCAAUUUUAAACUUAAUUAAUUUAAGUAGUUAGAAUUGUUUGUACAAUAGGACAAUAUCUCUCUCACUUUCAAAUUCUUUAAUAAUCUAUCUUGCAUGGCAAUUUCUCAUUUCCAGUUAUUGACAAACUUCUUGAUACAAAACUGAUUAAAAAGUUAACGAAUCAGUAGUUAUCUUUCUAAUUAUAAUUUAUAGGUCUACAGAUGUAUUAAUUUAAGGUAGUUCAAGAAGACCUGUUUCAAAUUUUGUAAUAAAUUUAAAUCGUUGCAAAUUAUUGUCGCCAACUGAUCAGCAACGUCUUUGCCAAAAGUCAGUUUAUGUAAUUUUAAUUAGCUUAAAUAAUAAGUUCAUCUUUUUGGUUGUAAACAGAACUUGGUUUCUUUUAAUUGUUUAAAUUUAGCGAUUAACAAAGUCGUGAUUUGUCCAAGCUUUAGAGAAGUGGGAGCGUAGAGCGGGCCAAGUUCUUAAGCUAAGUUUGUAUUAGGGCGAAAUUCGCGUUAAAGGUAGCACCAGAGAGAAGCUGUUGAGGGGUGUAAGAACGACUUGGGGAAUUUUUGGGAACUUCAAUCGGAUCGCUUGCAGAAUCAAGACGUAAUUUCGCAUUCGUCAAAAUUUUCAAUUUUCUUAGUGAAAGUGCCCAAAUCAUAAAAAACAUACAUAAAAAACUAAGGAAAUUGAUUAGGGGACCCAUAAGUGAAGUAUAAUGUAAAUGGCAAAGGCAAAAACAAGAAGUAUAAAGUAAAAAAUGGCGAAAAAAGAAAAAAAGUGGGGCGAAAAAGGAGAAGAUU